AUGCGUUUCUUCAUCGCCCUCGCCGCCCUCACCGUGGCCGUGUCCGCCUUCACCGGCCUGCCGUCCACCUACACGCCGAAGCAGAAGAAAAAAGCUUGUGAUGACUAUUGCAUGGGCCAGCCCGAGUCAAUGUCGACUGGGUUCAAAUUCGAGCUAAGCGGCUGGGAGCUGUGCAACUGUGGGCCUGCUCAGGCUACUGGAAGC